GGCCGAUUCGAGGAGGGAGGCGAGUGAGUUGGGGGUGAGGAAGGGCAUGGUUGCUGGUAGCGAUAGACAUGACUGCUAGUGUUGCCUUGGUUGCUGCAUGGAGAGGAAGGAAGAAGAAAAAGAAGAGCCUAAAUUAAUGCAGCAUUAGAACCUGCUUUUGCAUUCAUGUAAAUACAUUUUGUCAACUUUUUAAUUUUUAUUGUUUUAUAAAAAAAUUAUUCACCUUGUUUGGUUUAACUCAGUUUUUGAAAAAUUAAUCUUUUUUUUAUUUUCUGUAUUUUUUGUGCAAUAAUUUAUGAUCCAUGAUUGUUAGGAAAGAUGACACGGAGGCAAUACAAAUGCUUUAGAGCUCCAAUGAAAAGUGGGUCCGAUGUAAUAUUUUGGUCUUAUUUUUUUUAUCAAUAAUAUUUGAGAGUUUUAAUACAACUCUAAUGAUAUGGAGAGUAGCCAUGUAAAGGUGGAGCCUACACUCCUCUCUCUAUUUCUCUCUACUCUCUUUUUUUCACCUCACUAGAGCUCCAUUUAAGAGCUCUUAUUCUUGGUUUGGCAUAACCAAAAAAAGUUAAAAAGUCAAAAAGUCAUUAUCCUAUUUAAGUCACAUCAUCUUCUUUAUGUCACAUCACCUCUCUACUACAUCACUUUAAACCCAACACAUACCCAACUCAUAUUUCAUAAAAAGUCAAAAUGUAUACUUAUUUAGUUUAUCUCAAACAAUCCCUUAAAUUAAAGUUAUAUUUCAUUACUCUAUUUUUCAUUUUACUAGAGUUCAAUUAGAACUCCAAUUUUAGAGGAUAAAUCAUAACCCAAGAGACAAUGAGAAAAGAGUUGAAUAUGAAAAUGGAUGAUUAGAUGAGUGAAAGCGUAGGAAAGUGGGUGACAAGCAUUUUUGUUACUCCUACUCCUAUGCUAAACAUUCAACCUUCCGAAUUUGUCUCCUACCGAUCCCAACUUUUCACGCCACUUUAUUUUUCUUAACUUUGUACCUUCAUUCAAAUUUAAUGUUUUCCCCUCCCUAUCUUUGUCUCUCUAACAAGGGAGGUGGGAUUUCAAGAGGAGAGAGAAUAGAGAACUAAGAGCUAAAGACAAAAGAAUCUCACAAAGAGAAGGAACUUAAAUCGAUGUGUUUUGAAUGGAACCAUUUAAUACAAGUUCCGUCUCAAGAACACCCUCUUAUUCUCUCAAGGCUAAAGCUACCUCUGUUUUCCGAGAGGGAAUCUCAAUGCACUUGUCUGGAUGGAAUGGCCUUCAAAUGGCCAUCCAAAACAAGUGGGGAGGCAAUGAUUCUCUCAAAAAAUUCAACCAACUCACCUCUGAUAUCCUCUCUUGGUUCUCCCAAUCCAAAGAACAACUUCACAUAGAAGAUUUGGAGAACUUGUUGCACGAGAGCUUGCUACUUACAUUCAACACAGAUAUUGAAGAUGGCAGCAUUGAGGAAGUCGCGGAGCAAUUGAUGAUUAUGCAUGACGAAUUCUUGCAAGGAAGUAGUGCAUUAAUGAACAAAAGAGUAAUUGAAAUCAAAAACCUUAGAAGAACAAGUUCGUCUUCAUAGUUCACAGGUAAUUAAUGAUGGUUAAACUUGUCAUUAUGUGUACUCACUUUUCAUCCUCACUUGUCCAACAUUGUAAUAGUCUAAGAAUAAACAAGAAACAACUACAUAUAUAUAUAUAUAUAUAUGGCUUCUAGCUAAGGGCGAGGCUUGGUACAGCAAGUGUUCGAGAGUUCGGAAUACAGAAAGUCUCUCUGUAUGUGGGGUUCAGACUACAUACAUCACUCAUUUUACUAGAGAUUUCAUUAGGAAUAUGAUGCAUUACAAGAAAUAAAUUAAUAAAUCAAAAAAGAGAUCAAUGGAUUGAUAAUCAUGAACAAUCAAAUUAUGCAAACAAAUUUGAUUUCAGAAAAUUUGAAACUAAUAAGGUGAUGAUGAGCAAUAGCAAGAUCAAGCAUCAAACAUACCGGUGAAGCUUUAGAGCAAGAGUACAGCAUCUGAAGGGGUUGAAUAGAAGCUCACACAAACAGGACAAGCAGAUGAUACACAACAGUCAAUUGCCAGCCAACGAGAAAUGGGGUAGGUUGGGAUCCAGUGGCCAAUGCUGACAGAUUUUUUUUUUAGUUCUUGUGAAAUAGUCCUUUGAAUUGUUACACAUUCAAAGGGUUGUAUGUACUUUCAUCUAAUGAGAGUAAGAAUUUAUAUUCUAGCUUUAAUUUGAUGGCUCUGUAAUGAGUACUCAAUGUUACAGCUGAGGAACAAGACAUUGCAUGGUGUUUUGCUAAAGCAAACUUAAAAAGUGAAUGGGGCUGUCUAUAACUUGCUAGAAGACCAGCUUCUUUUUGCGCUUCUUGGAAAACAAAAACAAAAACAAAAACACAUACACAAUUUUGUACUUUUUCCAACAUCUCUAGAGUAGUAAAUCCAAAAACGAAAAACCAUAACCACAUCCAAUUUCAUGGUUUUGCCAUUGUUCUAGUUUGAGCUAGGGUUGGCAUU